CGUCAUUGAGGUGCAUUUAUGCGAAGGGGCAAUGAACGUGCGUUACACGUUCUAAAACACUGCCAUUUCUUGUAGCUAGCUAUGUACAAAAGAACGCAUCAUGAAUUACAUUCCAUUUAGUCUUUACAAUUGGGAUUAUCGGCACAUUUGAAACGACUCUCGCAGCAGCACCCAGGAUAAUUUUUUUUUGGAAUCCCGCUGAAGUCCUGCUGCACCCUGAUGCUCUGAUGGGCGAAUCGGGACAUCGACGCUCCACCCUCGUCUCCAGGCUGCCCAUAUUCCGACGGAGCGCCAGCAAGAGGCAGGACUCGCUCCCGUCCUCGCCGUCAUCCGGCGGCGUCGCCAAUGGCGUCCACACCUCGUCCCCGUCCAGCACCAACUCCAGCUCCAGCAGCACGGGCAAGAGGCGGAGCCUGUUCCGCACGCCCUCCAUCAGCUUCCACAGCAAGAGGAGCAGCGAGCCGCGCAUCGACUCCGCCCAGCUAACACGGGACAAUGGCGGCCAGCCGCCUGAGGGCGCCUUCCAGAGGGCCGACGACAGCGGCCGCUCCAAGAUGCGCCACUCCUUCGGCUUCGGGGUGCACAGGCACAAGAAGAUCACCCGCUCGCAGACGGAGGACUUCGAGAAGGCCUCCUCCAACCGCGGCCUCUUCAUCAACUGCAUCAGCUCGGCCGCCAACGAGGGCGACGACUCGGGCUUCCUGGACGACUACAGCAGCAGGCGGUCCUCCAAGGCCAAAAAGCAGCUCCUGCCCAAGUCCUUCUCGUCCCACCACAGGCUGUCCAAGCCGCCGGGCCUGGUGCCGGACCAGGGAGGGGCCCGCGACGUGAGCGGCGAGCCCCCGAAAACGGGCACCCCGGGCUCCUGCCCCGGGGAGCUCGGCGAGAGCUCGCUGCAGUCGCCCAUGCUGUCCGAGGACCGCACCACCGCCGUUACCCCGUCCGAGUUCAUCCCUGUCACGGAGGACUCGGUCUCGGAGGCCGACGCGCUCCCCGCCCUCAGCCCCGCUGCCCCGUCCGAGGACUUCGCCGGCCACGCAGACCCCGCCUCCGGGGAGCUCCUUGAGCCGGCACCUCCCGCCGCAGAGACGUUCCCCUCAGGUGACGCCGGCGAAGCGGACGCCCCAUCCAGCACCGCCUGUGCUGAGCCAGCCCCUCCUCCCAAAGAGGGGGACCCGGAACCCGCCCACGCCGAGAGGGCCGGGGAGAACAGGCAGGCCCCUGAGCCCGGCGAACGGGACGAGAGGCCCGCCGAACCAACGGAGAGGAGGCAGAAGAACACAGUCCUCAUCCAGGAGCCGGGGAAGGGAACGGGUGCUGUCAAACCCGAGGCCAGGCCUUCCCACCUGAGAAAGCCUCACACAGUGUCCAUGUGCAGCAGUGCCAGCCCGUACCACGAGGUGAUGCGGAUGGAGCGGCGGCUGCGCUCGGCGUCAGAGGGAGCCGGGGGCCCGCGGUUGCACCUCAACCUGAAGGAGCCGCACAGCGCCGAGGGCCAGGCACUGCUCCGGCAGAGGGCCAGCUCGUCCUCGUCCAAGCUGGGCAGCCUGGAUGUCCUGAACAAUCUGGGCUCCUCAGAACUCGAUGAAGAUGACCUGAUGUUGGACAUGGACCUCUCUGACGACCAGCGGCAGCGUCACGUGUCCCGGGAGGACUCCAGUCAGUCCUUAGCCUCCUGUCUGGCCCUCCUAAACUCUCCCAUGGAACCCUCUUCGGACAAGAUCCUGGGCAAAGAGGCCCGAGGAUUGGAGUCCUCCAACAGGGAGGCCCCCCUGAGGGAGCCGCGGCCCACCUCCCUGCUGCCGGCGGACUGGUGCCUCCCGCGGGACGAGGAGCUGGUGGGGCUGGAGGCCCUGCCCUUCAGGCUGAUGCUGCAGGACUGCACGGCGGUGAAGACCCUGCUGCUCCGCCUGCGGAGGACGCUGCAGGAGAGCACCGAUACGAGCCCUGCCAGCAGCCUCCACUCUUUACCCAUCAGCCCCUGCAGCGACAAGUCUCUUCCCUUUAAGGAUCCUGUGAGAGAUGAGAGCCAGUCCCUCCUACUGCAGCUAAAGGACAAGGACGAGCUGAUCCUGAGACUGCAGAGUGAGCUGGACAAAGCCCGUUCAGCCCAGAAGCACCCCUGCCAAAAAGCCGACAGGUCUACGCAGACGGACCUCGCCGCACCAGAGGCCUCUCACCCAAGCCGAGCCACAAGCCAAAACACCAGCACAAGGGACCGAAGGUCGGCGCGGUCCCUCGCGGACCAGCACAGCCGCCUCCCCGCGGACCGUCCGGCCGCCAGCGAGGACCGGAGCUGUCCCGCCCUGGCCCCGCACCCGGCGGGAGGGAGGGACCCCGCGGGGGCGCCGAGGAGGGCGGAGGCAUCGGCGGCGGCGCCCCCGUGGGAGCCCGGGGCCCCCCGAAAGCCGGACGGGCCGGCCAGCCAGAUCCCUCGCGCCGUGGCCGGCAGCAGCUCCAGCCUGCCGGCGUGGGGCAGCCCGUCGCGCAGCCUGUCCUCGGACAGCGAGCGAGGCCCCCGCAGUGAGAGGGGGCCCCUGCCCCGCCCCGCCUCCUCCUUCACCGGCCGUCUGGGCCAGCCCCCGCGCGGGCCCCUCUCCCUGCACAUGUACAGCCGCAAGAACGUCUUCCUGCAGCACUCGCUCCACACUGCCGAACUGCAGGCCCUUGCUCAGCAGGACGGCUGAGGCGCCCUAUGCGCCCCGGCACCCCUGGAGAAAGGACCCCUGAGAUCCUUGGACGACACCAAGACCCACCCCUCCCCCCGGAACGUCCCGGGGGCUCCUGAGGCCCCUGGAGCCUUCUGAUGUCCACGGGGCAUCCUUUCACACCCUUGAAGCACCUGAGCCUAGAGACCACCAUGACCUCAACAGCACCCAUUCACUCUCGGAUCCCCCACGUCCCACCUCAUUGUCUUGGUUUCCCAGAAGGGUCGGAGAUGAGGCUGCCACAUGAAUUGUAAAAAAAAAAAGAGCAAUGAUGCUUCCUUAAGACACAGUUAGUUUGAAAUUUCAAUGUAACAGUGUUGAACACGCAAUCUGUGUCACACUGCGUAGGCACUAAGUAUGAGAUAUUCGAAAAAGAAAACUCUAUACUAUAUAGUAUAUAGCUCUAUAAGUGGUCCUGUGCAAUUUGAUUUUGAAAGAAUCAGCUGACGGACAUUGCAGUAAGAAGACUAGAGACUUGUUCAGACGUACACGCAGCCACCUGUUGCCACGGGCGACCGAGUGUCACACAGACCUCAGCAUUAGAGCCAGAACACCAACGCGGAGCUGCUGAACCCCAACACCAGCCACCAGCUGAAACGCAUGCGUCUCUCAUUACAUUCCUUCAAGGCAGCGCAGCGGAAUGCGGCGCGUUACGUUUUCCCUGAAAAGACCGCUGGACUGAAAAGGGAAACGCUGUCGGUGUGUUUAAACUGUUCCUUGAUCAUGUCACAGCUGAGCACUACCAACCUCUUGUAGCUUGUUGCACCAACAGCGAUGCCGCUGGCUCUUUCGGCGUGCCAGGCGUCGCCACCAUGCAGAAUUUGCCAAAUGAGUUCGAGAAAAGGACAGGUGCACUUGAGCACAGCUUAAUGACAGUUCAAACUGAUUCACUGUCACAACAUGCAAAAUCCCUUUUAGGAGAUGCGACAUCUGCCAUGGAUCUUUAUUAAUUGCAUGCUAUUUUUAAAGGAGGUGUAAGGAGGGGCCAUUUUUUAUACUCUGAAGGUAGGCUGAAUUCAGAUUUUACAUUGUAUUCAUAUAGGAACUGCCGUGAAUAAGUGAAAAGUGGCUUCUGAUUUCCCUCACCUUUUUAUAAACGGAUGUAAGAGUUACUGUCGAUGCAUCAGCCCUCAGAUGCAGUGUUGUUUAUAAGAAUACAGACCUAUUCUUGUACUCUUGCAAUAUUAAUGCAAUAUUAAGAUCAUUAGGUGUAACUUGUGAGAAUAUUUAAUAUACUGACAUUUGGCAUUAGUAUAAGCCUACUUGUAAAAGCACACCUGGGCAAACAGUUUCAUUGCGAACAUGAAAGUGAGUGCGAGAUGAACGCUCUCCGCAGGAUUCAUGAGAAAAAGCCGCAAAGGUUAAUACGAUUAAUAGUAACGAUGACGAUAGAUAAGGCUUGCGAAACUGCCACAGCUUUUCUCGCAUUUCAGUCAUGACCCUCCCGCACACCGAGGCUGGCAGC